AUGUUCUUAAAUAAGCAAAGAAAUGGUGGAAAGUUGCAAUCUCGUCCGGCUCUGGAAUGGAAUCCUGGUUGUUAUAACGAUGAGCUAUACACAGAGCUAUGGAAAGCUUGUGCAGGUCCAUUAGUGGAGGUUCCUGUUGCUGGAGAGAGAGUUUUCUACUUCCCUCAGGGUCACAUGGAACAACAGGGAAUCGAAUCAGAAGAGAUACCUGAUUUCAAACUUCCUCCCAAGAUACUUUGUCGAGUUCUUAGUGUCAUGCUGAGCAAAGACUUGUUAAGAAGUCUUCCUAAUUUUUUACAUCCGAGAAACAAGUUCCUGAUGAACGCAGAUCACCUCUCUUUUACAUCCGAGAAACAAGUUCAUGAUGAAUUGCUAAUGACGCCAAAGGACCAGUCACCGAUAAUCCCAAGCUUCUAUGACUUCGAAUCGCUUAACAUAAAGCGGUUAGCUAUACCGAAGAUAGUGCCCCCUUCAGUUGCAUUAGCUUCUCAUAUAAUCCCAGAAGACAUUGGUCUGCUGCAUUCACUAAAGAAACUAGACCUCAGCGGAAAUGAUUUCAUCCAUUUACCAACAUCAAUGAAGAACCUUUCUAAGUUGAAACACGCCAGGCUCUCCAACUGCGUCAAACUCGAAACAUUACCGGGGCUUACCGAGCUGCAGACGCUCAAUCUCUCAAACUGUUCCAGCGUCAAAUCACUGCUGGAACCUUCACAUACAACUGCACGAAACUUCAACUGCACGAAACUUCAAUCAUUCUCACAUCAACUUAGUCAAUUCAGUGAAUUAACAUAUCUAAAUCUAAGCAGCAACGACUUUGAAGCAAUCCCUGAAAGCAUCACAGAUCUCUCAUCUCUGGGAACACUCUGCCUCAACAACUGCAAGAACCUCAAAUCAGUGGAAAAUCUCCCACAGAGCCUCGAAUAUCUCUACGCACACGGAUGCGAUUCCAUGGAGAAUGUGAUCCUUUCUCCAAAUCAUUCAAUCAAACACCUCGAUCUUAACCAUUGCUUCAAUCUACAACAAGAAAAUGAGCAACUAAUUACUCAAUUUCUAAACAACGAAGAGGUAAGCUCCGUGCAACGAUCUAUAUGCUUACCUGGAGCGAGAAUCCCUAGCUAUUUUGAGAAUCGAUCAUGGGCAUUUAGUUAUGAUUGGAGCUGCGAAGAAGAUGAUGAAAUGAUUCAGAUAAACCUGAGGCCUAAUCUCUACCGUGCGUCGGAGAUUGAGGAGACAGAGACCGAGGAAAGAUAA